UUGAAACCAAGGUUGAUCUCAUGUCUUGAUUAGUAGAGCUAGAUUCCUUUGCUAUCCUAUCCUACAAACUCAAAUUGGUUCUCCGAUUCUCUCAGGUUUCCUUGUUGCUGGCAUCUGAGUAUCCUUAAAUCAUUUUCUUGGCUCAAAGUCAUUUGUCUGCCAUGGCACUAAAUGGAGGAGGAACGCUCAUUGCUUCCUACACAAGGAAAAGCUUUGACAAGCCUCAGAAGCCCCGGAGGAUCUCGAUGGAGGGGCUUCAGAGGGCGAUCUCUGACCUCUCCUUUGAGCUAAGCAAAGAGGGAAUAGACACCAAGCUUCCACCCAUCUCUGAAGUGGAAGAUGCCAAGUGCGAGUGCUGCGGCAUGUCCGAGGAGUGCACUCCUGAGUACAUCCGCCGUGUCCGAGAGAAGUUCUCCGGCAAGUGGAUAUGUGGGCUGUGCUCGGAGGCCGUGAAGGAGGAGGUGGAAAAGAAUGGGGGGAGGCUAGAUGAAGCUCUCAACACCCACAUGAGUGUGUGUGUGAGGUUCAACAGAAUUGGAAGGACGCAUCCCGUUCUCUUCCAGGCCGAGGCGAUGAGGGAAAUCCUGAGGAAAUCGAGGUUGGAUGGAACAGGGGCCACGGCCAAGUCUAGGAGCCCUACGGAAAGGGGGAGCGUGAAGAGGGGCGGCAUCACAAGGAGCUCGAGCUGCAUUCCGGCUAUAACAAAGUAGAUCAACGAGCGAGCAAUCACUAAUUAAACUCCUGGCCUGUUUGCCCUUUGUUUCCUUUGGGAUCAAGUGGUUAAUUAGAGAGGGGGGAGGGAGUAGAGUUCAUGCUGGGUGCAUGGACUCCGUAAGUGUUUUUCUGCUUCAUCCAUCUUUCUCAUAGAACAUAUAGAUGGCUUAUCUUUUUGGGUCAUUAGGGUUUUGGUUUGGUGGGCAGCGCAUGUGUUCAUACCCAAGGGUUUUUUUGUUGGGGGAGGCAUAUACUUCUCCCUUUGGAACAUUUAAUUGUGUUGUGGGAGAUUUCUCCGUCAUUGCAACCCUUAAUCCAUUCUACGUAUAUCGUCCUUCAGAUGCGGCCUUGGGCUGUAGCCUCUCUCAUUGUAUAUUUCUCUCCAUGGGUGCUGCUCUUGUGCAUGGGGAACUUUCUUCCACCCGUCUUUCCCAGGAGAAAUUAUUAGAUGGUCUGGGUUCAGGAGACCAGUCCAAAUCCUGAGGCAUGUGUGUGGUGGAGGAAAGGAUGAAAUCUCACCUUUGUUUUGAUCUCGUAUAGUUUAAAUACAAGGGAAAGUAAUAUGGCCAGUGACUUUUAGGAACGGUCAGCGUUCCUCCAUGUCAUUGCCUCAUGCAGUAAAAAGUUUAGUACGUGCGUGACUGCAGGAAGGCUUAUUUCAUGGCUUGGGGAAAUGGGAGGUGGCUUUGUAGUAUGUGAAGCUUUUUUUUUUUUUUGCUCAAAAAAAAAAGUAAAUGCAGUUUUUGUUGCA